GACGUACGGUACUACGAUGCAAUGAAUCUCGCRUAAACGAGAAAACCGAAACAGUGAACGCACAAASACCACAAAACUGCAAACUCCACGGCUGCCAAACCAAGAARGAAAAAACCAYAACUCUUCUGAAAAUCAACCACAACAAAAUKAGUAGCGAUUCUUCAGACAUGAGCGAGAACAACGAGGAUAAGCUUUGGAUCAAAUUCGUUGUCAUACCGAUCGSGCUCUCGGCCCUUUUCCUCUUCAAAAUAUGGAUGGACAAGCGUUGCCGAAAAAUGAUCGAGAACAGGAACGGCAGCAGAAACGACGACGGUAGCAACAACGAUUGCCAUGAUCGGCGACUAGUCGAAGGUCUCAAAAAGCUCUCCAUCGCAGAUUGGGAAAAAUUGUUUUCGAASGUAUUUGAGGAUAAUGAAACGCAGCUCCGCUUGAGCCCCGAGAAUAUCUUGGAAAURAAGAACAAGCGCAGCAAGAGCCCCGAGUCCUUUGUGGAUCUCGAAUCCCAARRAGUCGAGGAURGAAUUGAURAUGGCUGCGGUAGCGAUCAAAAAGACUCCAGCCAUGAGUCGUCGUUGCCAUCAACCAUCUUGUCCCUACCAGAAGCAAGGGAUGGAUGCGACAGUUAUAAUGGUAACUCSGAAACCUGCAAUGAAAACCCUGGGRUUGCGUCGGAGCAAACACCGGCGAGUGYUGKAWACGGYAGCAACGACAAUGACUUCUCAUGUAUCAUUUGUUUCGAGAAUCUUCAAGUGGGUGACACUAUUGUUUGGUCGRAAAMAAAUGGCGAGCGGAACGAUGGMAGCAGUGAUAGAACCAACAGGGACGGCGUUCACGGCACGCAACAACAUGUUACACARCAACAAUGCMGGCACCUGUUCCACAAGACAUGCAUGGUUCGGUAUCUCGCUUCGAAUGCCAAGCGCAGCGUUCAAAAACGAAGACGAGACCAMGACAACAGUAGCGACCWYCAGGACAACGUCAUCUCUUCCUCUCCUCCCUCCAGCAGCAGUCURUGCAUUCUUGACAACCCAUGUCCGAUCUGCAGGCAGCGAUUUUGCACAAUUGCCGAAGGGGACGCCAAGGCCGUCCUACAGGACGAUUCGCAGCCGCCAGSUCUCGAUCUUGAUUUCUCGACGGACCAAGAAUCUUUACCGAGYACUUCAAGCAAUACUGAUUAGGUUGUAACAGGAGAUGUUUUCAAAAAUACAAAAUGAGCAGUAGCUAGGAAAAAAAAACCCAACGCCUAAAUAAACUGAGUUACAAUAG